AUGGAUUACAACCCGCGCAUGAGUAUGGCGGGCGGCCGAUCGGUAUCUAGCCAGCAGAAGAAACAGAAAGAGCACGACGAUGGCGAUGCGUUCAUGACUUUGCCUGACAAGGAGAUCGCCGGAUGUAUCAGUGACAUAGGGAUCAAUUUCACAGUGGAAGACCUACGCAAACCCAAUCCUCAGCAGAUCCAGAAAGUGUUCGAAUGGUUCGCGGAGCUCUUGACCAACACAACGCGCGAAGUUGUCGCGCCGGCGAUGCGCGCGGCAGCAGAAGACAUGUGUGGCGACGAUGCAGAACGCAUAUUCACAGCAGACACGCGCGAGUUGAUGGGCUUCUUCGUGACUAUGCGCAAGCUGCUCUUGGAAUGCGGUAUCAAGGACUUCACCUUUUCCGACUUGUACAGACCUACGCACCCGCGACUUGUCAAGAUUUUCAGCUACAUCAUCAACUUCAUUCGAUUCCGCGAAAGUCAGACGGCAGUGAUAGAUGAGCAUUACAAUUCCUCUGAGCGAGUAAAGAAUCAGAUUGAGCAGCUGUACCAUGCGAACCAGGAGAAGGAGGACCGGCUGGACGAGAUGCAACAGAAUCGCAAGAAUGUAGAGGCAGAGCUUCAACACAAGGAACAAAAAUCUCAAGAGCUCAAGACUAGACUUCUCGAGCUCAAGAAGACCCAGGAGCGAGUCACAGAGAAGCUCGAACGCGUCAAAGGCGAGCAAAGCAGAUUGAAAUCCCUCCUGGAAGACAAAACAACCCAAGUAAUGCAAACUCGAAACGAGGCCUCGAAAUUACGACCAUACGCCGAGCAAUCACCUGCGCACCUCGAACAGUCCCUCCGCGAUCUAAGCACAUCUCUCGCAGCAGACCGUUCCGAAAUCGAUCGUCUCGACAAACGUUCGCGUGCCCUUCAAACAUCCUGCGACACCUUCACUCUCCUCCAGACCGACAUCUCCUCCCUCACCCGGCUACUCUCAGACCUGCAAUCCGAACUCCAAAAAGAAGACGAAGAAAUGCGCGCCGCCACGAAGAAUCGCGAAGCACUCACCGAAAAAUCCAAUAAUGUGCGAGAAGUCGAGCGCCAGGAGAAGAUGCUUAGGAAGCAAUUGCAACAAUGGCAAGACCGGACGGAGAAGUUGAGGAAAGAUGCUGAGAUGAGAGCGAAUAACGCCAAGUCGAAGAUGGAAGCUCUCAGAGUUACGCAUAGAGAGUUGACGGCGGAGAGGAGGGAGAGAGGGGAGGAGGUGGAGAAGAGGAGGGUAAGGAUUGAGCAGACGGAGAAGAAGAUGGCGGAUUUGAAGGAGCAGAUUGAGCAUGAGGUGCAGGCUGCGAGGGAGGAGUAUAUGAAAAUGGAGAGUCACAUUAGGCUUUACAUCACGGAGAUGGAGCAGAGUAUAUGA